UCUUUGUGUUCAUUUGUUUGUAUGUUUUCUCCAAAUUGAUCUCUUCAACAAUGAACGCCACCUAUGUGUGUGUGAUAGUUGGAAAUCAAUUUGGAGAAAGUCCAAGAAACUUUGUUGUUAGUUGUUUCUCAGACUUUCCUACCACUAUUCCUCUAAAGAAAUCAUUUGCAUGUUUUCUUUGGAGAAUUCCCAUCAGCACCAGACGGGAUUUCAAGAAAGCUCAUUAUUUCUCUGAGAAGUAGCUAAUAAAAUGUUCUUCCCCCCUCCCCCCAUGUGUUGGUUAUGGUUACUCUUGAUAUCUAUCAUGCAUGCGUUCUAUCCUGUUUCUGAGCUCUACCUCCAUGGCGGGAACCUUGUCGGCAUAGGGACAACAGUGAUAGGUGUCUGGGAUGCCUCCAAAUGUGAUAUUUGUAACAAUAAGGCUACGUCUACAUCAAAAACUGAGAAUUCCAUCAGUGCAUGAUUCUCUUUUUAUAAUUCAUACCAAUACAAAUGCCACCGAAAGAAUAAACAAACAUACACAAAAAAUGUCUUCAAACGCUAUUGAAUUUACAAUACCUAAAGUGCAUCGAAGUCAGUUUGGUUGGUAUAUCUGCUACUAUCAGCCCGGUGGGAAGGCAGUCCUGAUCAGCACCAGGACAUUAUAUGUCGGUGGUAAGCCAGUAGAAACUGCUGCUGUUCCUAACUCGUCAAUUGCGUGUUAUUAGCAGUAACAUCUCCUCACUGUACACCUUAACUGCGCUCACGGAAGCCAUCUUUCCCGCCCUUGGCCUUAGGGUCACUCCUAUCCCAACAGUGCUUCACUUACAACUUACAAACCGUGAUGCCUCCUCCAAGGCCCAAACUGCACUUACAUUGACCGAAGUUGAAAACAAAAUUAUAUUCUUUGGGCAGAUGAGUUUACCAUGUCUAAAUGGGAUAAACAGCUGUGUGCCAUUGAUGUCCCUGUGGGCUCUUGGUUCUUUGUGGUUCAUCUGAGCUGUCUAUGGCAUUUGUAAUGCUACAGGCAUUUCAACUAAAUCUCUCAAAUCCAUGAAUCAUCACUUUCCUGCCAUUUAUCGUGUUAUUUAUUACAAUUCAACUCGACAAGAACUAAAAAUUCCUGAGGAACAGAUAAAAAUCAAGCCAAUAUCUGAAGACGUGAUUGGGUUUGAAAUGGCUCAUGUGAAGAAGAGUCAAUGUGGUGUCUAUAUAUGUCGCUACGGCCCCCUCUACACCGGCGUCCUGAUCAGUACAGUGUGGUUACAAGUUAGCGAGAAGCCGAUGAAACCAUUUCUAAACUUAACAAACCAGGAUGCUGUUCUCGUCUACAACUGGGAGAAUUUGACCAUCAUUAUAUCUCCCACGAUUGACCAACAGAAUGCAUACACUCAUGAUCGGCGAGACACUGAUGUGCGUCUGCUGACAAAAUGCCAGAUCUGGUUUAAUUGGAGUGUUGCUGUGACUGGUAAAAGGUGCAGCAACAGUAUGCCGUUUACAAAAUGUGACAUGAACACUUCAACAAAUACGUGUAAGGUUCCUCGGAAGGUUUAUCGAGAUUUAAGUGGCAGAAAACCACCGAACUACACGUGCAUCAAGGCUGAAUGCUGGAAUGACGCAUUUGGGAACUCGUCAGCUGUGUACAGGGUUGACCUGGCUCAAAGAGUGAGGCCUGUUCCAGUGCCAUCAAUCACAGCAGCUAUUGUUAAUAGUAGAUCAGUUAAAUCAUCUUGGAAGCCUGAUAAAAAAUGGCGCAUGUUUGGAGGAAAAGUUCUCUACGACAUUGAAUUUAAUGCAAAGCAAUUUCAUCAUCAGCUUACCUUCACGAAGUUGAGCACAACCUCGCUGAUGGUGUCAGACCUGAUCCCUCAUGGCGAGUAUACUGCUCAAAUCACCGCCAGCCCAAAAUAUGCCGGCUUUGAAAGUGAUCCGACCGCUUCAACCGUGAUCAUGCCUCCUGAUGUCCCAGCAGAGAAUCCUCAGCUCAUCGCGACUGAUAUUGAGCAGUAUGGCGGUGGUGAAAAGAAGGUCACUCUCUUCUGGAAGAAAAUCCCUGAAAUAAAGCGCAAUGGUAACAUUACGAUAAAAGUGAGCAUUGUUAUCGCCGACAUGUCGGGUGUACAAAAGCGGUCAUUACCCAAGACGCGCCAACUCCCAGCCGAUCAGAUCAUGUACAGUUAUGUGCUCAAGGAUGACAAGUCCUACGUCAUCAAACUAGAAACCAUGUCCACGUCCCUGGGAAGGAAUACUUCUCUUGAACCGACAACUGUACAAAUGGAGAGAGACCACGAACUUUCAGCUCCAUUCGUCUUCGUGGAAGCCAUCAGGGAUCAGAAUGAUGAUUACGUCAACGUUACCUGGGAGAUUCCUAGUGAGAUGGAUGGCGAAGAUGUCCUCAUCAUAUAUUGUGAGGAAGGACAGGAUAAAGAAUGUAGCAAAAUGUCUCCACUGAAGACAUUAACCGUACCUGCAGCCAAGCGCUUGGUGCGUGUUGAUAAUGGCAACAUCUACAAGAUAGGCCUGGUUCGACCAACACCUGGUAAACCGGGCCUCGUCAAGUGGAGUCGAUGUAUUUACAAACAAAAUGAAGUGCCAACUGUACCACCAAAUUUAAAUCUGAGACCCGAACCCAAAAAGGUCCAGGUGCAAGUCGACGAGUAUCCUUGUGAAGUAACCCUAGCAAAAGUCAUCCGCGUUGAGGGCAUGCUUUGUCGAACAUCGAACAAUGUCACUUGUUCAGGUGAAAGUCGGUCGAUCAACAUCAGCGAAGGCGAGUUCAGCCAACCCCACUUCUACCCUGUUGAUCAUCCUGGCUCACGUUAUAUGGUCCAAGCCGAGGCUGUGAGCAGUUCAGGUGGCAGGAGCCCUGAAUGGAUGGAUGUUUUCGUUGCUACUGCUGAUCAUCAAACAGAUGUCGGAGUUAUUGUGGGUGUUGGCGUAGGCUGCCUUGCCUUCUUAGGGCUCAUUGUGGUUGCUAUCAUUUUUGGCAUUAGAAGACAUAAAAAGACAAAGGAAGCAGUAAAAAUUAAACGAACUCCAGCUGUAAAGGUUGACCUUCACGAAGAUGAAAGUGAUCCAUGUGACCAAUAUGCUGGAUUACCUCGAGAAAAUUCCAAUGAGAGUCUUCUGGAUCAAGAACUGAGGACGGCGCAGAGGAAUCCGGAUUACAACGAGACACCUUCCCCAUUGCAAGCCAGAGAUAUGAACCUGAGUAACUCUUCCAACACCAGUGGAGUCCACUCGGGAGCCAUGGCCACUGGUGAGGAGUCUGGUGAUGAGGAGACUGGGGGAAUGAGUUCGGAGUCGGCCAUGGAUUCCAGCGGUUGUUACGCUCUUGGAGUUGUUCAGAUCAAGAUUUCGCCAAAUGAGAUGAAGAAACGGGAAAUCCCGAUGUCUGUUUUUAAGAACGAUAGUGCGUGUAGUGAGCCAUCAGGUUCGAGGGAGGAUGAUAUCUCCGUUCCUGUCGAUGUGAAAGAUGACAGUAGCAGAGGUCAUCCUCCAUGCAUAAUACCAGACAGUAGCAGAGGUCAUCCUCCAUGCAUAAUACCAGACGAAGCAGAGACUGAAGUCAAUUCAAGAGAGAGUUUUGAUGCAAACACAUCAGGAGACACGGAUGAGCUGGGAAGUGCCACUGCUGUUGGUAGUUCAAGGGAUUAUGCACAGGUGGCACUAGCUGAUCAGCCUCCCCCUUCUGUCUUGCCUGCAAUCCAAGAUGACUUUGCCAUUGAUUUUGCCCCCAAUGCUCAUGCUGGGCCUCCCCAGGGGGAGAAAUCUACUCCCGAGAAUGUGGUCGAAGAACAAGUGUACCGCCCAUGUGGACCCCGUGGCCUCUUAUCAUAACUUGUGCAAUAUUCUUAGUGAAAUAGUGUUUGUGUGAUGUGAUGCGCUGCCAGCUGAAUGGCAAGCAGACAUCGGCAGGGUCCCAGCAGUGAAAUUCUGAUCUCCUUACUCUUUAUCUUUAGUUCAUAGACAUGAUUGUGGUCAGGUGACAAGAGCCAUGACAUAUGUUUUGUAAGUUCUGAGGCACCGAAUCUCGGAGACACUCUCCAAGUUCUCGAAAACUGACUGAUUGAUCGACAAUGUUUCAGUUUAUUGGUGAAAUUUGUAUUUCAUUAUUUUUCUAUUGAUUUAGUAUAACUGCAGUGUGCAUUCCUGCCUUUUGUGGUCGGGUUAACUGUAUUGCAAAUAAUCAACGAUUGCGUCUACUUGGUCUGAGAAAAGUGAAAUAUGAUUUGAAGCCGUGGGUGAAAGGGCCUUUGAAUCUUAAGACAAGGUUAUAAAAGUUGUUGUGAUUUGUAUAUAAAGUUUCUGAUGUAUGUUAAACAUGUCCCUACAGAAACAAUGUAAGAUUAAACUUGGCCUUUCACCAAGUCUAUUUGAGCCAGUGAUGAAAUAGGAUGGGCCUACAUGUACCUCAUCUUGGCGAGUUAUUUGUUACUUGACAUAUAUCAUUAGCACACUUUUAAAGUCGGUGCAAAUCUAAUUCAAUUCAUAUACCUUACGUUGGAUAUUUUCAUAAUAUAACGAUUCUGCUAGUAAGACUGUAAAUUAGCCGUACAUCAAAGACUUGUGUGAAGAAAGUGUGUUGAGGAAUAUGUGUGUUCUUGACUUGGUGACUGGCCUAAACUGUUCAUUCUUUCCCUUACCAGGAUUAAAAAAGGUAUUAGUGAACACUUGGUGAUAUGGGUAAAGACAAGUAAAAGCUUUUUACUGUGGAAAAUGUACGUAAACAGACUUGCUGGUCUUCAUUCUACGGCAGCAGAUUAGUGCCAUAAAAAAAUUAAAUAUUAUCUCGUUAUUACGAGAUCUUUUCUCGUUAUUACGCGAUGUUAUCGCGUUAUUACGAGAUCUUUUCUCGUUAUUACGCGAUCUUUUCUCGUUAUU